CUGGCACUCUCCCCGCUAGCUGCCUCCACACACACGUCGCUAACCUGGCUCCUCCCGCAGCUCCUGCCGCUUCCCUCUUAUCCCGCCGCACAGGAAGUAUCAUCCGCGGCACCGGAAGUAUCAUCCGCGGCACCGGAAGUACCAUCCGAGGCACCGUUAUCACCCUACGAGGUACCUGAAGUAGUAUCCGCGGCGCCGGGAGGAACACUCAAGGCUCUUGUAUCAUCCGAGGAACCGGAAGUGGCAUCCAACGCCCUUGAAGCAUCAUCCGAGGAACCAGAAAUAUCCGAGGCACCGGAAGCACACACUUGCCGCCGACAUCAGCGACACCCCGCGUACUCGCGGACGCAUUCCGAGGCACCGGAAGCAUCAUUCUAGGUACCCGGAAGUAUCGCCCGGGGAACCGGAAGUAUCAUCCGAGGUACACAGUAACAUCAUUCGAAGCACCGGAAGUAUACACUCGUGAACAUCGCCGGAAGUGCACACUCGCGGAGACCACCUCGCUGUCCCGGACCUCACCUGCUUACUAGCGAACACCUAACGAGGUCGCUAAGCCAGCCUCGUAGCGAACACCUAGCGAGGUAGUGACAAGCAAACUUAGCGAGGUGGUGUUAGUGAGGUGAUGCUAGCGAGGUGUUAGUGAGGUGAUGCUAGCGAGGUGUUAGUGAGGUGAUGCUAGCGAGGUGUUAGUGAGGUGGUGCUAGCGAGGUGUUAGUGAGGUGGUGCUAGCGAGGUGUUAGUGAGGUGGUGCUAGCGAGGUGUUAGUGAGGUGGUGCUAGCGAGGUGUUAGUGAGGUGGUGUUAGCGAAGGGUUAGCUAGGUAGUGGUAGCGAGGUGCUAGCAAAGUGGUGUCAGUGAGGCAUUAGCGAGGUAGUAGCGAGAUGGUGUUAGCGAGUUAUUAACGAGGUGGUAUCAGCAGUGUUAUCGAAGUGGUAUUAGUAGGGUAUUAGCGAGGUGGUAUUACCAAGGAGUUAGCGAGGUAUCACCAAAGUGUUGGGGAAGUGGUGUUAGUGAGGUGUUAGCAAGGUGAUAGAAACUAACGCAGAAUCAGCAAUAUGUUAGCGAGGUGGUGCUAGCGAGGUGGUGUUAGCGAGGUGGUGCUAGCGAAGUGGUCUUAGCGAGGUAGGCAGGAACUGCGACCCACCACGUGGGCCGCUCUCCCGACCCACCUCCGCCGCCAUCGUAGUGCUGUCGACGCUGCCUGCCUCCUGCCUCCCGCCGCUACAGGUGUGAGAGUGGACGGACGGAAGAGCUGUCAGUGGACGGACGGAGGGGCUGUCAGAGGACGGACGGGUCUUAUCUGUCAGCUGCCUCAGCAUCCUCUCUGACACUCAGCUGCUGAGAUAUUUUGGGUCUUUGUGAGUCGUAUGCCGCCCAUGUCCAUCCAUCAUCCAGGCUCUUGAAGGCGCCAGGAAAAGGACCCGCAGCUCAUACGUACGUCGCCGAGCGUUCCUGUGCACGGCAGCAUCGUACGGACUGGUACACGGCAGCAUCGUACAGACCAGUACACGGCAGCAUCGUACGGGCCGGUACCCGGCAGAAUCGUACUCUUCAGUGCACGACAGCAUCAUACGGACUAGUACACGGCAGCAUCCAACGGGCCGGUACACUGCAGCAUCUUACGCUCCGGUAACCAGCCAUCGCAAACGCCGUCGUCGACUUCCAAAUCCAGCGUAACGAAACCACUGAUCGAUCGCCGAACAGUCCCCCCUCCUCCUCCCCUCAUCCUCCCUCCCCUCCCCCCGGUCCGAAACCCUCCCUCUCCCCCCGGAAGCAGCCGCGUAGAGGCGGACCUUAAGCAGAGCUCGCUUGACCGGCUAUGGAACACGUCUCACGGAGAAUAAAAGGAGUUUGUCAAUAGCAGUAAGCCGCUUUCCAGAGCCGUGUCGAGGGAAGGUAAUAGUCCCCUAUUGAAGGGAGUUACCCCCGCCUACACACACACACACACUCUCCCCCUGUCUCCCUGUCUCCCUGUCUCCCUGUCUCCCUCCCUUGCCAUUGCAUCACGGAAAAAUCUUAACCAUCGGUGUUCCGCUCAUGUAUACCUGUGUAUGUGUGUGCUUUUUUGUAUAUUACUAUUUCAAGUCAUAACAUUAGUUAAAAAAUAAUUGACGUGAUCUUUUUUAGAGUAAAAAGGUAAAUAGAAAGUUGAAUUCUCACAUUUGCUCGUAACCGGAAAAUCAGUGUAAAAAAAAAAAAAAAGAAAGGAAGAGGAGGAAUAGAAGAUAAUAAAGAGCCCAGUGAGCGGUGUGGUAAAGAUGACGUGGACUAGAGCAGGACACAGAAAGUGGGGCAUACUACCUCUGGUAGCCCUCACACUCGUGUUGGCUACCCACAACACCGCACACGGCAAAGUGCAACACUCGCCUGGAAAUCCAUUGCCGGAGUUUGGAGACGAGAUUGGCAAUAUUACAGUCAUCAAGGGACGUGAUAUUAUUUUUACUUGUGUCGUCAAGCACCUGGGACCCUACAAGGUGGGGUGGGUGAAGGCAGACACCAAGGCCAUCCAAGCCAUCCAUCACCAGGUGGUCACCCACAACCCCAGGGUCUCCGUCACCUACAGGGAUCGCACCACCUGGAACCUGCACAUCCGGAACGUACAAGAGGAUGAUCGUGGUGUAUACAUGUGUCAGGUCAACACUGACCCUAUGAUAGCUAAGAUGGCGCACCUGGACGUCGUAGUGCCACCGGAGAUCGUAGACAACGAAACGUCAGGAGAAACCACCGUAGAGGAAGGGAACUCGGUUACGCUAACUUGUAAGGCCCGCGGCUUCCCGCACCCCGUUGUGUCUUGGAGACGGGAAGACAACCUCAAGAUUGUCCUUAGAGACCAGGCCAGCAAGAAAGUAACAAGCACUGAGGGAGAACAGUUGCUGUUGACCCGGGUCAAGAGGUCAGACAUGGGACCUUACCUCUGUAUCGCCAAGAACGGCAUCCCGCCCUCCGUCAGCAAGCGUAUUAUGCUUAGAGUCAAUUUCGCUCCUGUGUUGGAAGUUCCAGUCCACAUGAUCGGGUCACCUCUGUCUAAGGAGGUUACAGUCAGGUGUAAGGUGGAGUCAUCGCCCAGAGCUGUGACUACCUGGAGGAGAGAGCCAGGCGAACAAAUGAUCAUCAGUAGCAGAAAGUACAACGUCUCGGAGGAACAACAAGGCUUCUACGUCACUCAGAUGAGCCUCACCAUCAGGAACUUCACUAAGAGUGACGCCACGACGUACCGCUGCGUCGCCAGUAACUCCCUCGGCGCCAGCGCUUCUUCCGUCCAGGUUUAUGAGAUCCAGCCUCAGAAACCACGGGUAACGAAGGAGGAAGAUGAAAGCCGCCUUGACAACCACAUCCCGCACGGAGUCUCCGACAACGACAAGGACGACCUGGACGACUACGGUGACCUGGACGACUCCGUCAAUAACUACCUCGAUUCAUUUCCUCCUGGAGGAGUCCUGGAACCUGAAGGAGAGAGAGAAGGACUGGCGGAGGAUCAGAACUUGCCUAAGAAGUCUUCGGGAGGGAUAACCUUCCCGUUCUUGAACAGUAGCGGGGCGGUGGGCGGGGUUGGGUGGUGGUGGGCGUGGCUGGUGGGUGGGGUGGGCUGGUGGUGGUGGGUGGUGGGCUGUGUGGGAUGCUGGUGGGCGGCGUGGGUUCUGCCCACUCUCUAGGAUGCUCAUGCUUGAUGUUGUUGCUAUGUAAUGUUAUGCCUACACCUUCACCCAACUUGUACAUCGUUGACCUACUGAUGUUGCUGUGAGAGCCUCUCCUGCCUCUGUCACGGGCCGCGUCUGCUUCAAGCCCUCGUCUGUGGCAAGACCUUGCUUGUGGCAAGACCGCGCCUGUGGCAGGACCUCGUCUAUGCUACAGCCUCUGUGGCUGCACCUGCAACACUCCUGACGAAGAACACCGACCUCUGCUUCACUGACUGUACAACGAAUGCUUCACCUCACUCGUGACCUACCUCUUUCCUCCUCCUCCAAACUUGCUUCUCCCCCUCCCUCCUCCCACUCCUUCCCCGAGCCCGCCCUCUCUCCCCACUCCCUUCUCAGCCUCUUUGCGACAUAGAAUGGGUGGAUUAUCAAUGUAUAUAUAUAUAGAUUAUUUAGCAUAUUUUUAACAGUACCUAGUGAGGGACUUAGUGCUUCCAUUUUCCAUAUCAAACAGGGUCACUCCUACCUUGAGUUAGGUACCUUUACUUGCUCUCCUACUAACACACACACAAACACACACACAGAGAAGAGAUACGAUACAGCUCUUGGAGCAGGGAGAGAGUGGACGUAGUAUUGACCCGAGAAGAGACGGGGGCAGGAGCUGUGACUCGACCCCUGAAACCACAAAUUGGUGAAAUAGGUGAGUAAACACACACACACACACACACACACACACGUAUAGCCCCACCUGUUCAGUACAGCUGCUGACAGGAUCCUGUACAUCAACAGCUGUACUGACGUCCCCACACUGCACUGAUGUACUUCGUUAGCAUCUCUACUGAUGUCAUCUCCCCCACUUAUGAUGUCUCGUGGACCUUUGUAAUAGCUGUAUUGAUGUCUCGUUGCCAGUGUCAUCAGAUCUGCUUAUAUCCUACAGGACGUCAGCAGAGCUGCUGGUGAAGUCUCUGAAGUCAGUGUGGUGUUGAUGUCUCGCGAUGUUUGCCCUGAAGUAAAUUGUGUUCCAGACAUUACAGGAACGACAUUUUGUAAUCAUAGACAAGAGAGAUAUUGUAGAUAAAUAUGUAAUAUUAUAGAUUUGUAUUAUCCCUGAUGUGUGUGCAGUGCACAGGCGGUGCACAGGCGGUGCACAAGCUGCUACCAUAUGGUGCACAAGAGAUAGGAGGGUUUAGGGUGGAGGUUCAACUGGAAACCUGGUACGUGAACCUCUCUUGUGCGUCAUGGUUGUGCACCACCUCAACACUGCCUUGUGCACCUGAGCGGUGCGGUGUGCACUGCUCACUCCGAUCACACGGACAUCGGCCCUUCCUCAACAUAUCUCUAAUGUGAUAUACUCAAUAUCUAUACAGUAUAGAUGCCAGAUGUGGUAUGUUCCUCUGGUGGUAUACCGCCACGUGAGGAAGGUAUACCAGUCUAACUCCUGGGGCAAUAACAAACACUAUGUUAAUCCUGUUGUCAAAUAAAUUAUCCUCGUCAGAGAUGACGGAAAGAACGA